GCUAGGUUCAUCUCCCAAUUAACUGAUACUUGUGAACCAAUGUUCAAGUUACUACGGAAAAAUCAGGCCGUAGUCUGGAAUGAAGAUUGUCAAGUUGCUUUUGAAAAGGUCAAACAAUACCUGCAAGACCCUCCUGUAUUGCGUCCACCUAUGCCAGGAAGACCGCUCAUUUUGUAUUUGACCGUAUUGGAUAAUUCAAUGGGUUGUGUAUUGGGUCAGCAUGAUGAAGACGGGAAAAGAGAGCAUGCUAUAUAUUACUUGAGCAAAAGAUUCACAGAUUGCGAACAACGAUAUUCGUCGUUAGAGCGAACUUGUUGUGCACUGGCGUGGGCUACUCAUCGUCUAAGGCAAUACAUGUUGAGCCACUCUACUUGGUUGAUAUCAAAGAUGGAUCCUAUCAAGUAUAUUUUUGAAAAGCCCGCUCUCACUGGAAGGAUAGCUCGAUGGCAGAUGCUAUUGUCAGAGUAUGACAUUGUAUAUGUUACUCAGAAAUCUAUCAAGGGUAGCGCUUUAGCGGAAUAUUUAGCCCAUCAACCCAUUAGUGAUUAUCAGCCGAUGCAACCUGAAUUUCCUGAUGAAGAUAUCAUGGCUUUAUUUGCUGAGAACAAAGAGGACAAAGAUGAAAAAGCAUGGACGGUAUUAUUCGAUGGGGCUUCGAAUGUAAUGGGGCAUGAAAUAGGGGCAGUGCUUAUCUCUCCUAAGAAUCAAUACAUUCCCAUGACGGCAAGGUUGUGUUUUAAUUGCACGAAUAAUAUCGCAGAAUAUGAAGCUUGUGCCAUGGGUAUUCGAGCAGCAAUAGAGUCUAAAGCAAAAAUUCUAGAUGUAUAUGGAGAUUCAGCUUUGGUCAUCCAUCAAUUGAAGGGAGCCAUUGCAAAGUUGGUAAAAUUGUUGUCGGUAACCUUUGCCGACGACCUUUUCAGCCGUCGAUCAUUACCAAAGGCUUGUGGCCUUCGGGAAAUCCGUCGGUAA